AUGCCACCAAAACGUACUAGAAAAGGCAAGGCUGCUUCGAAGAAGAAUGAGCAUCCGGAACUUGUCGAGCAGACCAAGAAGGAGAUGGAGAAGUGUGUACAGGAAUGUAAGUUGUUUUAAAAUUAGUGAAUUGACUUUUAGGACGUGGAGGAACUAAGGAUCUAACGUUCAUUUCCUUUAAGAAGGCUAAAUAUAGUUUUUGUCAGGAGAUUUGAGGGUUUCGUACUAGUUUGAACUAUAACAAUAUGGGAAUUGAUGCGUAUAAAUUUUGAUAGUUUUCUUGUAAUAUAGGCGUUCUUUAUUCUUCUAGAGUUAUUUGACGGUGCCUUGAACGCGAUAUUGUUGAUUUCAGGGAAGCAACGAGACAGGCAGUUAGAAGAAGAAACAUACAAGAUGAUCUCAGCCAAAGCCGAUGCUAUUGCGGAGGAAUUUACCGAGAAAGUUGGUCCUGAGGUCGCGGAGAUGAACGUGUUUGAGUUCAUUGCCGAAUAUGCGUAAGUCUCAUUUUUUUAUACUAAUUUCUCGUUUUAGCCAUCUGAAUCCGGAGGAAUUCAAGGAAAAUGACGAGAAUGUCGGCCUUGGUGACACUACCAUGAUGAUGAUCGAUACUUUGAAGGAGAAGAUGGCCAAACACGGUGAUGUGUUGGAUCGGAAGGUUCGACAGGCCAUUGCCGAGGCCAAGCAAAGUGCAAUCCCCGAGGAAUAA